AAUCAGGACACUAUAAAAAGAGCAUGAGGGUCUGUGAGGAUGACAGAGCAAGAGCUGAACAUCAGUGAAGAAUGAAGGGUUUGUUAUGUACACUGCUGCUGCUGGAAACCUUUGUGUUUGUGGUACAGCAGCAGGUAGAUGGAGGACUCUCUGAGAAUGAGAUCAGUCAACAGCUCAGCACUGAGGACAGAAGACAGAAUCCAGCUCAGACAGACCCUCGGAGAGAUGAAACUGACAGCCAACAAUACUGCCAUCUGAGCUUCCCUGACAUCCACGCAGCACUGAGAGAACUGACCGCCACUGUCACAGAGCAGAAAGCCAACAUCAGAGCCUUAGAGACGCAACUGAAGGAGCAACAGAUGUUUAUCCUGGAAGAGCUGAACAAGAAAAAUGAUGCCUUAGAGGCACGACUGAGGGACUCAGAGAAAACUGCAGAACAACAGACGGUCAUCCUGGAAGACCUGAACAAGAAAACUGAUGAAACUUCUAAUCUUACCGAGAGACAAGUGGAGGAGCUGAGAAAGGAAAACAGAGACAGAGAGAUAGCUUUUUCAGCUGCAUUGGUGGAACCUGGCAGUGGAAAUAUCGGUCCUUUCAACCACAAAUACACUCUAACCUACAGGAACGUCUUCACAAACAUCGGGAACGCCUACAACCCAAUUACAGGUAUUUUCACUGCCCCACUGAAAGGACAUUACAAGCUCAACUACCCUAUCUAA